GAAGCCAACCAGAAACUUCUAAUAAUGAGAGAGUGGGCAUUGGCCCAAUCUUCAGCAUGAGAGGGGUAGAAGACACGCCCACUCUGGGUAACACUGUACAGUGUUGACAAGUCCAAUCAGAGAUUGAAGGAAAUGUUAAGUAAUGAUGUUAAAAGUCCAGAGAAAAAGCAGGAUACGAGAGUGUACACAAAAUAUAGUUACAACUAAAAAAACUCAUGUGGGUCGAGCCUGGAAGUUUUUAUCUUCUGGUUGGGGUUUGAUGGUUCUGCUCCCACAUAAUGUGUGUCUCAGAGAGAAAACCAGCAACCGUGGAUUUGUGUGUGGUGUUGGGUGAGUGCUUUGGCUCCAGGGUCCUCGCCAUCCCUACCUUCUCAGGCGUCCAGCCCUUGGCAGCCCCUGCUGGGACAGUUGCAUGCUAAGAGAGGAUGGCCCAGGCUGCUGCAGUGUCCUCUGGGCCCUCGCUAUUCCCAGGCCACCAAGACCUCCUGCUGUGAGUGCUGCACAGGUGCUCUCUCUCAGUGUGCCUGGCCAGCAGGGGAGGGCAGGCAUGCUGGGGUAAAGCUUCCAGAAGUGACUGACACAGGUGGUGAAUGUACAGGCUGCCAGGGAUAUUCCACCCACCCCACCUCCCAGAGGCCCUGGAGGCAGUGAGCCCUUAAGGACCCACAGGGAAUCUGCUCUCUCUUUUUUUUUUUUUCAUUUGUGGUAAAAAGAUAAAUAUUAUAAGACACCUCCCGAUUCAACAAUUUUUACAGGUAUAAUUCAGUGACACUGAUUACAGUCAUUGUGUUGUGCAACCGUUACAACUAUCCUUUUACAAAUUAUUCCACCACUGUUCCCAGAAGCUCAGCGCUCCGGAAGCAAGGACUCCUCCUUUCCCUGUCUCUCCUAGCCCUGGAAAUCACAAUAAACUUUGGUCUCUAUACAUUUUCGUAUUCUAGAUAUUUCAUGGAAGCGGGAUAAUACAAUAUUCCUCUUUUAGUAACUGGCUUGUUUCACUCACAGUGGUGUUUUCACGAUUCAUCCAUGUUGUGACAUGCAUCAGGACUACAUUUCUCUUUAUGGCUGAGUAGCCCUGGUGACGCAGCAGUUAAGUGCUCAGCUGCUAACCAAAAGGUAUGCAUUCCAACCUACCAGCUGGUCCUUGGGAGAAAGAUGUGACAGUCUGCUUUCCGAGAGAUGACAGCCUUGGAGACCCAAUGGGGCAGUUCUACUCUGCGUAAGGGUUGCUAUGAGUUGGAAUCAACUCUACGGCCAGGUUUUUUUUUUUUUAGUGUUCCAUUAUGUGGUGGUGAUGUUAGGUGCCGUCAAGUUGGUUGCCAUUCAUGGCGACCCUAUGUACAACGGAACAAAACACUGCCCGGUCCUGCACCAUCCUCACAAUCAUUGUCAAGCUUGAGCCCAUUGUUGCAGCCACUGUGCCAUUCCAUCUUGUUGAGGGUCUUCCUCUUUUUCACUGACCCUCUACCAAGCGUGAUGUCCUUCUCCAGGGGAUAAUCCCUCCUGAUAACAUGUCCAGAGUAUGUGAGACAACAUCUUGCCAUCCUUGCUUUUAAGGAGCUUUCUGGCUGCACUUCUUCUAAGACAGGUUUGUUUGUUCUUUUGGCAGUCCAUGGUAUAUUCAGUAUUCUUUGCCAACACCGUAAUGUGUAUAUACCACAUUUUGUUUAUCCAUUCAUCCAUUCAUGGGCAUUUAGGUUGUUUCCACCUUUUGGCUCUUGUGAAUAGUGCUGCACUGAAUAUUGGAGUACAUGUUUCUGUAUGUGUUUCUGCUUUCAAUUCCUUUGGGUGUGUCUUGGUUAUCUAGUGCUGCUAUAACAGAACGACCACAAGUGGAUGGCUUGUCAAACAGAAGUUUAUUCUCUCACAGUCCAGUAGGCUGGAAGUCUGAAUUCAGGGCAUCAGCGUCAGGAGCAGCCUUUCCGUCUCUGUCGGCUCUGGAGGAAGGUCCUUGUCAUCAAUCUUUCCCUUGUUUAGGAGUUUCUCAGCACAGGGACCCCAGGUCCAAAGGGUGCACUAUGAUCCCAGAGCUUCUUUCUUGGUGGUAUAAGGCCCGUCUGUUUCUCUGCUCACUUCUGUUUUAUAUCUUAAAAGAGAUUAGUUUAAGACACAACCUAAUCUUGUAGAUUGAGUCCUGCCUCAUUAACAUAAUUGCCACAAAUCCCACCUUAACAUCAUAGAGGUAGGAUUUACAACACACAGGAAAAUCACAUCAGAUCACAAAAUGGUGGACAUUCACCCAAUACUGAAAGUCAUAGCCUAGCCAAGUUGACACAUAUUUUGGGGGGACACAAUUCAAUUCAUGACAGGGUGUAUACCUAGGAGUGGGGUUGCUGGAUCGUGUAGUAGGAGCCUGCUCUGUAAGACACCCUAGAUUGGCUUCCUGCCCUUCCCUGGCUCAUUCCCUACUGCCCUGCUGGUGCCAUCUGGGAUCAACUUCCAAGUGAACUAUCUGCACUUGAAUCUGUCUAGGGGAGCCCAGACUAAGACUCCUGGUCAGAAGGACAGAGAAUGCCCCCUAAGUGGGUGAUGGAGACUCCCUGGUGGCCAGCGAAGGCACAGGAGGCAGUGCUGUCCUGGCAGCAUCAGCUCACCCUGUCAGGGCCUUUGACCGCGGACUCUUUUCAUCUCCACCCCUGGCUGACUCAUGGGUGUAAGGUCAGCUCCAGUUCUGCCCUUCCUCACCUCUGCCUCAGCAUCCUGGUCUCCCUCUGCUGGCCUCUGUCUCUCUCUGCCUGCACAGGGGGUGGCUUCCUCUCUGAGUCAGGACAGGGUACAUGGGACACGAGACCAGGGAGCUAGUCAACAAGUGAGGAGGGGCAGGUGGCCAUAGGGAUAUGGCCUUGACAUUCACAGCUGCUGUUAUCAGCUCAGCAUGCUGGGAGCCAAGGUCAUGGCCUAUCCUGGUGAUAGGGAGAGCUGGAGCAAGGCCAUGCAAGAUGCCUAUUGGAAGGGAGCAGAAGGCAUGUGUAGUGCACCUGGGUCCAGCAGGGCAUGGCUAGUCUGGUUUUGGCCUGCUCUCUGCUCCUGGCCAUGAUGGCAGGCCCAGCAAGGGGCGAGUGGAGGAAGGGGGAAGGAGCAGAGAGCAGUGCAGUGAGCUGCUCUUUCCCCUUUACCCCUGGAGGAGGAAUUGCUGUUGAUGUGCCACUGCACCCCAACUGUCCCCUCUGUUAUCACAGCUGUUGUAUUAAUAACAACGGUUGCUACAGAUGACUGUGCUAGGGGUGUGUCUGGUCUCAGGGAGGGCGGGUGAGGAGUUGGGGUCUAAGACCCCUGGGGAGGGAAGUGGGGGCUUCCAGGGUGGUGUUGAGACCCUGGGGCUGGAGUCCCUGAGGCCAGAACCAGGCCUCUACCCCUCCUUGUCUUGCUGGGUGGCGCCCCCUGCCACAGGUGCUGGAAUGGCUGAGUGUGUGUGCACCAGGGGGCUCACGAUGGCCUCGGCUCCGAUGGCUCAGGCCACAGGCUUCAUCGCAGUGGGAAUUGGGCACCACCUCCACUAAGAGGGCCAUGGAGCAGGCCCAAUAGUGGAGGGACAGCCAAUGGGAGACUUCAUUACCUCCACUAAGAGGUCCAUAGAAGGGGGCCAUGGAGUAGGCCCCAUAGUAGAGGGCAGGGAGCAUGGUGGAUCAUUAACCAGCUGGGAGCCAGGAGGCAUGUCCAUUGGUUCUACCCUGGUUAGGCCGGAGCUGUUACCAGGGAAGGAGGCCACCUUAACCUGCUGCCCAGGAGCUGGUCUGCUGCUCACCCUGCAUCUGGCCUGGCCUCUGGCCCCACUGCCCCCUCCCAGAGCCAGGAUGGCUGAGGCUGGCCUGAGGUGCUGGCUGCUGUAUGUCUUGCUGCUGCACUUGGCCCAGGCACAGCCAUACACGCCCAUCCACCAGGCUGGCUACUGCGCCCUCUACGAAGAGUGUGGGAAGAACCCUGAGCUGCCGGGGAGUUUGGCAGAGCUGUCUAACGUCCCCUGCCUGUCCAACACGCCUGCCCGCCACGUCGCGGGCCAGCACCUGAUCCUCCUGCGGCGUAUCUGCCCCCGCCUCUACAAUGGCCUCAACACCACCUAUGCCUGCUGCUCCUCCAAGCAGCUGGAGUCCCUGGAGUUAAGCCUGGCCAUCACCAAGGCUCUCCUCACACGUUGCCCAGCCUGCUCUGACAACUUCGUCAGUCUGCACUGUCAAAACACCUGCAGCCCUAACCAGAGCCUCUUUAUCAACGUGACUCGUGUCUUCCAGCUGGCCACUGGGCAGCCCGCAGCAGUGCUGGCUUACCAGGCCUUCUACCAGCGCAGCUUUGCCGAGCAUGCCUAUGACUCCUGCAGCCUUGUGCGCAUCCCUGCAGCCGCCUCGCUGGCCGUGGGCACCAUGUGUGGUGUGUAUGGCUCUGCUCUGUGCAAUGCCCAGCGCUGGCUCAACUUCCAGGGAGACACCAGCAAUGGCCUGGCUCCGCUGGAGAUCACCUUCCAUCUCUUGGAUCCCAGCCAGGCCCCUGGGAAUGGAAUACAGCUUCUGAACUCAGAGAUCGUGAGCUGCAACGAGUCCCAGGGGAUUGGCAGCCCAGCCUGCUCGUGCCAGGACUGCGCAACAUCCUGCCCUGACAUUGCGCAUCCCCAGGCCCUGGACGCCACCUUCCGUUUCGGCCAGAUGGCGGGGGCCCUUGCCCUGGUGAUCAUCCUCUGCUCUGCCUUAGUUGUCCUUGUUGCCUUCCUUGUGCAACCCCGCCUGGCCCAUUGCAGGGACAAGGACAAGGACAAGGACAAGGCAGUGGACCCUGGUGUGCACACAAGCUUCUUUGACAGGCUCAGCUUCGCCACCCAUAAGCUCCUGAGCCGCUUCUUCCAGGCCUGGGGUACAUGGGUGGCCUCAUGGCCACUGACCAUCCUGGGAGUGUCCAUUGCAGUGGUGCUGGGUUUGGCGGGGGGCCUGGCCUUUGUGGAACUCACCACAGACCCCGUAGAGCUGUGGUCAGCCCCUAACAGCCAAGCUCGAUGGGAGAAGGAGUUCCAUGACCAGCAUUUUGGCCCUUUCUUUCGCACCAACCAGGUGAUCCUGACUGCACCUGGCCGGGCCAGCUACCUCUAUGACUCUCUGCUCCUGGGGCCCAAGAACUUCAGCGGGGUCUUGUCGCCUGACCUGCUGCUGGAGCUACUGGAGCUGCAGGAGAGGCUGCGGCAGCUGCAGGUGUGGUCACCCAAGGAGCAGCGUAACGUCUCGCUUGGCGACAUCUGCUACGCCCCACUCAACCCACACAAUGCCACCCUUUCAGACUGCUGCGUCAACAGCCUGCUGCAGUACUUCCAGAACAACCGAUCUCACCUGCUGCUCACUGCCAACCAGACUCUCAUGGGUCAGACCUCCCAGGUUGACUGGAGGGACCACUUCCUCUACUGCGUCAACGCCCCCCUAACCUUCAAAGAUGGCACAGCCCUGGGCCUGAGCUGCAUGGCCGACUACGGGGCUCCCGUCUUCCCUUUCCUCGCGGUGGGGGGAUACAAAGGGAAGGACUAUUCCGAGGCAGAGGCCCUGAUCAUGACCUUCUCCCUCAACAACUACCUGCCUGGGGACCCCCGGCUGGCCCAGGUCAAGCUGUGGGAGUUGGGCUUCCUGGAGGAGGUUCGAGCCUUCCAGCGGCGAAUGGCAGGCACCUUCCAGGUCACCUUCAUGGUGGAGCGCUCCCUGGAGGACGAGAUCAACCGCACCACAUGGGAGGACUUGCCCAUCUUCGCCACCAGCUACAUUGUCAUCUUCCUGUACAUCGCCCUGGCCCUGGGCAGCUACUCCAGCAGAAGCCGAAGGCUGGUGGACUCCAAGGGCACACUGGGCCUGGGCGGGGUAGCAGUGGUGCUGGGAGCAGUCAUGGCUGCCAUAGGCUUCUUCUCCUACCUGGGAGUCCCCUCCUCUCUGAUCAUCCUCCAAGUCGUGCCUUUCUUGGUGCUUGCUGUGGGUGCUGACAACAUCUUCAUCUUCGUUCUUGAGUACCAGAGGCUGCCAAGGAAGCCUGGGGAGCGGCGGGAGCAGCACAUUGGCCGCACCCUAGGCCACGUGGGCCCCAGCAUGCUGCUGUGCAGUAUCUCUGAGGCCAUCUGCUUCUUCUUAGGGAUGCUGACCCCCAUGCCAGCCGUGCGCACCUUCGCCCUGACCUGUGGCUUUGCGGUGGUGCUCGACUUCCUGCUGCAGAUGUUGGCCUUUGUGGCCCUGCUUUCCCUUGACAGCAAGAGACAGGAGGCUUCCCGCCUGGAUGUCUGCUGCUGCCGCAGGGCCCAGCAGCCGCCCCAGCCCAGCCAUGGGGAGGGGCUCCUGCUCCGCUUCUUCCGCCAUGUCUACGUGCCAGUCCUGCUGCACAAAGUCACGCGUGCGGUUGUGGUGGUGCUGUUCCUUGCCCUGUUCGGAGUGGGGCUCUAUUACAUGUUCUACAUCACCGUGGGCCUUGACCAGGAACUGACCCUGCCCAAGGACUCAUACCUGCUCGACUACUUCCUCUCUCUGAACCGCUACUUUGAGGUGGGGGCCCCCAUCUACUUUGUCACCACCGCGGGCUAUAACUUCUCCAGCACGGCUGGCAUGAACGGCAUCUGCUCCAGCGCAGGCUGUGACAGCUACUCUUUAACCCAGAAGAUCCAGUACGCCACCGAGUUCCCUGAGCUGUCUUACUUGGCCAUGCCAGCCUCCUCCUGGGUAGAUGACUUCAUCGACUGGCUGACCCCAUCCUCUUGCUGCCGCCUCUACGCCUUUGGCUCCAAUAAGGAUGAAUUCUGUCCCUCAACUAGCAGUUCCUUGAGUUGCUCUAAAAGCUGCAUAGCCUUUACUCUGGGCCCUGUCCGGCCCUCAGUGGAGCAGUUCCACAAGUACCUCCCGUUGUUCCUGAACGACCCGCCCAACAUCAACUGUCCCAAAGGGGGCCUGGCAGCUUACGGUACCUCUGUGAACAUGAGCCUAGACGGUCAGAUUUUGGCCUCCCGAUUCAUGGCCUACCACACGCCCCUGAGGAACUCACAGGAUUACACGGAAGCCCUGCGGGUGUCUCGAGCCCUAGCAGCCAACAUCACUGCCAGCCUGCGGAAGGUCCCGGGGACAGACCCAGCCUUCGAGGUCUUCCCCUACACGAUCAGCAAUGUGUUUUAUGAGCAGUAUCUGAUGGUUGUUCCCGAGGGGCUCUUCAUGCUGGGCCUCUGCCUUGUGCCCACCUUUGCUGUCUGCUGCCUCCUGUUGGGCAUGGACCUCCGCUCUGGCCUCAUCAACCUCUUCUCCAUCGUCAUGAUCCUUGUGGACACUGUUGGCUUCAUGGCGCUUUGGGGCAUCAGCUACAACACUGUGUCCCUCAUCAACCUGGUCUCGGCGGUGGGCAUCUCAGUGGAGUUCGUGUCCCACAUCACCCGCUCCUUUGCCAUCAGCAUCAAGCCCACCCGACUGGAGAGGGCCAAGGAGGCCACCAUUACCAUGGGCAGUGCGGUCUUCGCUGGGGUGGCCAUGACCAACCUGCCCGGCAUCCUGGUCCUGGGCCUUGCCAAGGCCCAGCUCAUCCAGAUCUUCUUCUUCCACCUCAACCUGCUUAUCACCGUCCUGGGCCUGCUACACGGCUUAGUCUUCCUGCCUGUGGUCCUCAGUUACCUGGGGCCUGAUGUCAACCGCGCUUUGGUGCUGGAGCAGAGGCAGGCGGAGGUCGCUGCUACGGCCAAGGAGGCCACAGCCAGGGAAAAUCCCUGCUUGACGUAUCCUUCCGUGACCCACAUGACCAACAAUGUCUACAUCAACGAAGACUUUGAACAUGAUGUCAAAAGUGCCAACGAUGUGGAUAGUUCUUUGUCCAAUAGUAGGCAGGUGCUCUGAUGGAGCCCUUGUCUGGUGCAGCCCCUGUUUAUGGUCCAAGGGCCCUGAACCAAGGGGCUGUGGGUUUCCCUGUGGUGGUCCCUUGACCCCUCCCUCUCCUCAGGGCCUGAGGGUGCUGUGUCCUUGACAGUGUCCGUAGCUUGACUUACCUACAACAUCUGCUCUGCAUCGCUCAGCCCCUGACUGGGGGCCCUGCAGGCAGCCCCCAUUGGCCACUCUGCUCCCAUUGGCAGAGGCUCUGGAGCUCCGAGGAACGGACUCCUGCCUCACUAAGCAUUUGUUCCAGAAUCAUCCAUUUCCUGGCUGCCUACUCCCUCCUUCAAUACUUCUGAUCACUAGGUACCAAUAUGUCCUUUACACAGCCAGUACUUGUGACCAAAGACAGGGUGCCCCACCCCCAGUGUCUGCAGUAGGCGGGGAGCUGCAGGCUUGGGCCAGGGGGCAGUAGGCUGUGGGCCCCAGUGAAUAGUACACGUGCAGGUCUGUAAUCCAUAGUUUUUUUGGCGGGAGUUCUCACACACACUCUGGUCACCAAACUGGCCCUACCUGGAAAUGUCAUUCUGGCUGGUCUCAACUCCUGUGAUUAUUGCUGCCAUGUGGGCAGGCCUCUGCAAGGCGGCGCUUCUUGGGGAUAAGCGGGGCAUCCUGCCGUCUUCCAUCUCACUGUCUGGGGCCCAGAACCUGGGGACAGGUCUCCAUGAGAGAGAGCUCCCCAGAAGCACAGGCUGCAGAGAGGAAGAUGCAUCUUGGCGUGUCUUUGGUGGCUAAUAAUGCUUGUUGAGCAGAAAUGAUGUUUUCUAUCACACGUCCUAUUCUGGCUGCCUUGAGUUUAAAAUAAUGUAUGUAAAUUACACAAAUAAUACAUGUGUGGGAAGGUGAUUUGUUGAGAUGUUAGUUUGUGUUUUCUCCAUUUUCUUCUCUCCCUUUUCAAGCAAGCAGCCAGGCCAUUGUGUGCUCUUGCCACAGAAGUGCCUUUGAGGAGGGGAGGGGCGUGUAAUUUCUCCCAAAGCAGGAAGGGUAUGGAGUGUGGCGAGCCUGGCCAGGAGUAGGACUCAAAGUUUCUCCCCUUCUGGGAACAGUCUGUGAAGUUGGAAGUACCUGGAAGAUGCUAGUCCAGUGGUACAUUCAGGCAGGGAGGAACCUUGUCUUAGUCAUCUAGUGCUGCCCUAACAGAAAUCCCACAAGUGGAUGGCUUUAACAAAAAGAAAUUAAUUUUCUCACAGUCUAGUAGGUUACAAGUCCAAAUUCAGGGCGUCGGCUCCAGGGGAAGGCUUUCUGUCUCUGUCAGCUCUGGAGGAAGGUCCUUGUCCUCAAUCUUCCCCUGGUCAAGGAUUUUCUCAGGUGCAGGGACCCUGUGUCCAAAGGAUGCACUCUGUUGGUGCUGCUUUCUUGGUGGUAUGAGGUCCCCAACACUCUGCUUGCUUCCCUUUCCUUUUAUCUCUUGAGAGAUAAAAGGUGGUGCAGGCCACACCCCAGGGAAAACUCCCUUUACCUUGGAUCAGGGAGGUGACCUGAGUAAGGGUGGUGUUACAAUCCCACCCUAAUCCUAUCAACAUAAAAUUACAAUCACAAAAUGGAGGACAACCACACAAUUCUGGGAAUCAUGUCCUAACCAAGUUGAUACACACAUUUUUGGGGGACAUAAUUCAAUCCAUGACAAACCUCAUGUAUGCAAACUUUAGCUUCAGGAAGAUCCUGUGCUGGGACAGUGGAUGCAGGUCUCCAGAGCCCAUUCCGGACCGCCUACUGAGAGCUCUCUACUCCUUCUCUGGGCUCUAGCACUUGCACAAAUGGGGCUUGGCUGAAGAGCUGCUGUGGCUUCAUACAGCUCAAAGGGCCUGUCAGCAUGUGAAAAGAGGAGGAGUAAGCGUGAAGGAAGGGAGCCAACAUCUCUAGAACAUCUGUUCUAUAUUACCUGGUUUGUCUUCUCUAGUCUUCUCAAGAGCCUUGUGUGCCAGGUGUUGUUAGCCCACCUUUGGGGAGGGGCACUGCACAGCCAGGAUGUACAGGGGUGUGGUAAAUGGGAGGGUUAAUGGGGACUAAAGGCUGAGGAGAAAUUGCACAAAUCACCCUGUUAAAAACUCCACAGGUGCAGAGAUAGACAGGUGAUCUCAGUAGCAAAAUAGCUUCUGAUAAAAGUCACAUUUCAAAUCAGGAGAAAGGAUAGACAAUGCAACUGGUUAAUCAUUUGGAUCAAAAUAAAGUUAUAUCUCUCUAUCACACCAUACAUAAAAGUAAAAUUACAGAUGGAUUAAGGAGCUCAACCUAAAUAUAAGUAUCAGAGGAGAACAUAGGAGAGUAUAUUAUAAUCUUGGAGUGGGAAAGUUUUCCUAAGCACAAGAUCCAGAAGCCAUAGAGGUAAAGCCUACAGAUUUGACUACAUAAAAAUGUAAAACUUUUGUAAGACAAACAAAAACAAAAUUAUUACAGAAGGUUGAAAGACACAUGAUGAAUUGGGGAAAAUAUUUACAACAUAUUUAACAACCAAGGAUUAAUAUCAGGAAUACACAAAGAGGGGGAAUGGUGGGCUAGCUUAUUGGCCUAAUCCUACCACUGAAAACAACAAAAAUUCUGACUAAAAAUAAGUCUUAGCCAUCAGCUAAUCACCUACAGAACUGAACAAACAUCAUUCUUAAUUGUGAAAUGCUGAAAACUUUCCCCAUAAGACUGGAACUGAGACAAGGAUUCUCACUUCUAUUCAACAUUGUACUGGAGAUUCUAGCCAUUGUAAUAAGGCAAGAAAAAUAAAUCAAGGUUAUAAGAAUUGGAAAUAAAGUGUCAACAUUCAUAGAUGACAUGGCUGUGUAUGUAGAAGAUCCUAGAGAAUAUACAAACUAUUAGAAUUAAUCUAACAAAAGAUGGGUAAGAAAACUACACAAAAAACUACUAAACAGUACUGAGAAAAUUAAUGAUCUAAAUGAAGUCUCUAUACUACAAAGACAAGGAGCCCUGGUGGUGCAGUGGUUAAAGGAAAGGCUGGUGGUUCGAGCCCGCCAGCUGUUCUGCGUAGAUUACUGGCAAUCUGCUUCUGCAUAGAUUACUGCCUUGGAAACCCUAUGGGGCAGUUCUACCCUGUCCUAUAGGGUCUCUGUGAGUCAAAUCAACUCGAUGGCAAUGUGUUUGUUUUUUUUUUUUAAUACUACAAAAAUGUCAAUUCUCUCCAAAUUUAUCUCUAGAUUCAUUGUAAUUCCAGUCAUAGUAUCAGCAGAUAUUUUUUGUGUGCGUGUGUAAACUGACAAGCUAACUAAAAAAUUUAUAUGGAACCACAAUAGGCCAAAAUUAAACAAGAUAUAAUCUUGAAGAAAAAAGAAGCUGGAGGACUUAUACGACCAGAAAUCAGAAUAUUAUAAAGCUAUAGAAAUAAAGGUAGUGUGGUUUUGGCUUUGUGCCAAACCCACUGCUGUCGAGUCGAUUCUGACUUGUAGCGACCCUAUACGGCAGAGUAGAACUGCCCCCAUAGAGUUUCCAAGGAGCGCCUGGCAGAUUCAAACUGUUGACCUCUUGGGUAGCAGCUGUAGUACUUAACCACUAUGCCACCAGGGUUUCCUCUGGCACAAAGAAGAACAAAUAAAAAUAAAUGAAAAGAAUAGAAAGUCCAGAAACAAGUCACACCUAUAAAGACACACAAUUUAUGACAGAAGUGGCAUGCAGAGCAUUGGAAACAUGGUCUUUUUAACACGUGAUACUGAACCAAUUGGGUAUCCAUCUAGAUUUGCCUAGACGUCACCUUGAGGACUAAGGUGCACUUGACCCAAGCCAUGGUACUUUCAAUUGCCUCAUAUGCAUGCCAGAGUUGGACAAUGAAUAAGGAAGACUGAAGAAGAGUUGAUGCCUCGGAAUUAUGGUACUGGCGAAGGAUACUGAAUAUACCAUGGACUGCCAGAAGAACAAACAAAUCUGUCUGGGAAGAAGUACAGCCAGAAUGCUCCUUAGGAGUGAGGAUGGCGAGACUCCGUCUUACGUACUUUGGACAUGUCAUCAGAAGGGACGAGUUUGGACGUCAUGCUUGGUAAAGUAGAGGAAAAAGAGGAAAACGCUCAAUGAGAUGGACUGACACCCUGGGUGCAAAAAUGGGCUCAGAUAGCAACAAUUCUGAGGAGGGUGCAGAACUGGGCAGUAUUUUAUUCUGUUGUACGUAGGGUCCCUAUGAGUCAGAACAACAACAUAAAAAUAAAAAUUAUCCUACUUUACACCUUACACAAAAAUCAAAUCCUGAUAGAUGGUAGAUCUAAAUGUGAAAGAUAAAACGAUAAAG